AUGAGGUCUAUAGAAGUUGACGUACCAAACAGGCUUGCACGGGUCCAGGCAGGCGCCGUGGUUGGUGAUCUCUAUUACAGUAUUUCUCAAAAGACCGACACCUUGUAUUUUCCGGCAGGUGUUUGUCCGACGGUGGGUUUUGGCGGGUACAUAGGCGGUGGUGGCUAUGGAAACCUAAUGAGAAAACAUGGUACUGCUGCUGAUAAUGUUUUGGAUGUUCGUUUCAUGGAUGUCAAUGGAAAUAUUCUUAAUAGGAAGUCAAUGGGUGAAGAUUUGUUUUGGGCAAUUCGAGGUGGUGGCGCUUCAAGUUUGGAAUAG